AUGUUAGCCAUCAUCGGAGCUUCUGGUAAACUUGGCGGUGCUACUUUGAAAGCCCUCCUCACCCACAAUCUGCUCCCAAAGGACCAGAUAGUAUGCUGUACCUCAUCCAAACCUGACAGCGAUACCUGGACUUCACUGGAAAAGCAGGGUGUGCAAGUCCGUCAUGCCUCGUUUGACGACAAGGCUUCCCUCGAGAAGGCCCUCUCCGGAUGCGACAAGUUCUUCCUCGUCUCUACCCCCAAGAUUGAGAUGGAUUACAAUGACGCUCCCCAUGGUGAGGGUCGCGAGAAGCAUCACUUUACUGCCAUUGAUGCUGCCCAAGCUGCAGGCGUGAAGCACAUCUACUACAGCUCUCUGGCUUUUCAGAAUCCUUCCAAGUCUUGCGUCAUGCAAGCUCAUAUCCGCACCGAGGCCUAUCUUGCAAAGCUGCAAAACAUUGACUACACUGUCUUGCGUGAAGGUCUUUAUAAUGAGAGCUGGCCACUAUAUGCGAGCUACUACGACCUCAAGGACGAUCAGCGAUCUGAAGUACCUAUUGCUGGUGAUUCUCCUAUCAGCUGGACUGCUAUUCCGGAUCUUGGCCUUGCUAGUGCUCUGGUCAUUGUUGCGCCAUCAUCCGAUUACGCUGCCAAAACCUUUUACCUUUCAGCUACUCAAGGCGCAAGAACCAUCAGCCAAGUCCUCGAAAAAGUCGCGGCAGUCAGAUCUAAGAAAGUCUCAACAAAGAUCGUCUCGCGGGAAGAGCUCGAGAGUUAUUAUGUUCAAGAUAUCAAGCUUUCAGAGCCUGCCGCUAAGUGGUGGGCCGCCAGCUACGACGCUUUGAGAGAUCAAGAAUGUCUGAUCAAUGAUCCGACUUUGGAGAAGCUGUUGGCCACCAAAGGGCAAAAGCCCAAGCCUGUUGAGCAAACGAUAGAGGAGAUGCUUCGCGCUUGA